CGAGCUCGCAUACCCCGCAGCGCGAGGCUCAGCACAGGCACGCACACGAUCCCUCACACACAGCCACCUACAGCCCUCCUGGUACAGCGAUACCCGUGUCUGUCGCCUUUGAAUUUACCCUAAAUAUGUCUACCAUCGUCUACUGUCAACCUGAUCAGGUUAUAAUACACGAUCAACACAGAAAAGGUUUGACCCUAUAGCCAACGGGAUCGCGAGGACUUGAUUACAGUCGAUCUAAGCCUGAGAGUUUGUUAGUGCGGCUAACCCCCCACUUCCCCCCUGCUCCGAGCCCCGCGGCGUACCUGGCAUCACCUCUGCCGCCCGCUCUACAGUGAAGGAAAGACCUGAGUGACAUCGUUCAGCUUCCCAGCACAAGUGUUUCUCCCUGAAUUACGUCAGUUCUGAUUAGGCUCAACUUUCCAAAAACUGCCAAAAUGAUUCCCAAUGGAUAUUUGAUCUUUGAGGAUGAGAGUUUCCUGGAUUCCACCGUUGCCAAGAUGAAUGCACUCAGGAAGAGUGGCCAGUUCUGCGAUGUUCGACUUCAGGUGUGUGGUCAUGAACUGAUGGCACACCGCGCAGUGCUGGCAUGCUGCAGCCCGUACCUGUUUGAGAUCUUUAACAGCGACCUGGAGCCUCACGGCAUCUCCCAUGUAAAAUUUGAAGAUCUGGACCCUGAGGCUGUGGAGGUCCUGCUUAACUACGCCUACACUGCCCAGUUGAAGGCAGAUAAGGAGUUGGUUAAGGAUGUCUACUCUGCAGCCAAAAGGCUCAAGAUGGAAAGAGUGAAGCAGAUUUGUGGAGACUACCUGCUCUCUAAGAUGGACUCCCAGAAUGCAAUUCUCUAUCGCAACUUUGCUAGCAGCAUGGGGGACGUCCGUCUUCUAGCAAAGAUUGACGCCUACAUUCAGGAGAAUCUUCUGGAAGUAUCGGAGCAGGACGACUUCCUCAAAUUGCCCCGCUUGAAGUUGGAGGUGAUGAUGGAGGAUCAUCUGACUCUGCCCAGUAAUGGAAAGUUGUACUCCAAGGUGAUCAGCUGGGUCCAGCGCAGCUUGUGGGAGAACGGAGAGCCACUGGAGAGAUUGAUGGAGGAGGUGCAAACGCUGUACUACUCGGCCGAUCACAAGCUGCUCGAUGGGGGCCUGCUUGAGGGCCAGGCUGAGGUGUUUGGCGCUGAGGAUGACCACAUUCAGUUUGUGCAGAAGAAGCCCCCGCGUGAGAAUAUUCACAGGCAGCUGAGCACCAGUUCCUCCGGAAGCCUCUCCCCCGGCUCGGUCAAGCAGCCCUGCAAGCAAGAGUGGAAGUACAUCGCCUCUGAGAAAACCAACAACAGUACGUACCUGUGCCUGGCGGUACUGAACGGCAUGCUGUGUGUGAUCUCCCUUCAUGGACGGAGCAGUCCCCAGGCCUCGCCAUCAGCCACUCCAUGCCUGCAGAAGAGCCUGAGCUUUGAGGCUCAGCCUGUGGAGGAAGAACCGGAACGGCUGCUGGCUCCCAUGCACUAUGCUCGCUCUGGCCUGGGUACUGCUGCCCUCAAUGGAAGACUCAUUGCUGCAGGCGGUUAUAACCGUGAGGAGUGCUUAAGGACUGUGGAAUGUUACGAUCUGAAGACUGACAGCUGGAGUUUUAUUGCCCCAAUGAGGACACCACGGGCUCGCUUUCAGAUGGCUGUGCUCAUGGGUCAACUCUAUGUAAUGGGUGGUUCCAAUGGCCAUUCGGAUGAGCUGAGCUGCGGGGAGACCUACAACCCAAACACGGAUGAGUGGACUCAAGUGCCAGAGUUGAGGACCAAUCGCUGCAAUGCAGGUGUCUGCUCUCUUAACAACAAGCUUUAUGUUGUUGGGGGAUCAGACCCUUGCGGGCAGAAGGGUCUGAAGAACUGUGACGCUUUUGAUCCUGUGACUAAGGAGUGGAGCAGCUGUGCCCCAUUAAACAUCAGGAGGCACCAGGCAGCCGUGUGCGAGUUGGAUGGCUUUAUGUACGUGAUUGGUGGAGCUGAAUCUUGGAACUGUCUGAACACUGUGGAACGCUACAAUCCUGAGAACAACACCUGGACCCUCACUGCCCCCAUGAACGUGGCACGCCGAGGGGCUGGUGUAGGCAUUUAUGCAGGGAAGCUGUUUGUGGUGGGUGGGUUUGACGGCUCCCACGCCUUGCGCUGCGUGGAGGUUUUCGACCCUGCCCGCAACGAGUGGAGGAUGCUGGGGAGCAUGAACUCGGCGCGUAGCAACGCGGGCGUGGCCGUGCUGGAUGACCUGAUCUUCGCCGUGGGCGGCUUUGAUGGCAACGACUUCCUCAACACCAUGGAAGCGUACGACCCCGAGCUGGACGAGUGGAGCGCCUGCACUGAGGCUUUCGCCAGCACCUAAACGCUGGCGGGAGCUUGAGCACAGGGGAGGUCGGGGGCGUGGGGCGGUUGGAGCAGCAGGGGAGGGUCAGAGUAACCUCUCUCUCAAACUAACAGGCUUAGUGAUGUAAUCGUGCUUCGUGAUGUGUGUAUGUGAGCGGGUUAGGGUGGGGCUCGGAGAUGGAGAUGGGAAAGGGGAGGGAAUGGCAGGGGUCUUCAGUGAAGACCGUCUCGUUACAGUGCAAGAGGGUGGGGCUUGGGAGGGUUUUGAGUUCUUCGGGGGUUGCAGAAAGCAACAUAAAGCUUUUGCAUAUUGCAUACAAUAUUUUUUGUUGUAAAUAUUACUGUGUUAUUUCUUUCGAUCUUUAUUUUUGCUUUAAUUGACAAAGAAUGCCAACUUUAAUUGCACACUGAGUGUACUUUUUUUGUUUGUUGUUUUUUGAGCUGAAAAGGUUUGGAUUUGUAGUGUUUGGGAUUUCCAGCAAGCAAAUUGAGUUAUUGGUUACCUUCAGUGGUACUGGUGACCCAGCAAGUUCUUGCACAAGCAUAAAUUAUCAGCAGGAUUAAUUGGUUGAAUUGAUAAAGGCGGUAAUUCAGUUGCAUUAUUUUUUUUUCUUUGCAUUUUGUAAUAUUAGCUCACAUAUUGAUGCUCUGUGGAUAUAUAAAAGCCUUAUUCAACAAAAGAUGAUCACUUACAUAGCUUUCCUUUUUAGCAUUACCCAUUCUGUGGGAUUGCUUUACCAAUCUUUGAUGAUGGCCUUUUUUAUAUUUUUGAUACACUGCUGAUUAACCUAUAGAUAGAUAGAUAGAUAGAUGAGCUAGAAGACGCACAUAAGUCUUGAGUUUUCAACUUUAAUCAGUGCCAGUUCAGUUACACAAGUGUGUUCUACAAAUGCGUACACACACUCUUACUUUGACCAUGUUUUCACAUUCCUGCUAACUAUAUUUUGUUACUGCAAUUUUGACUAACUCAUCAAAAAAUGUUUUUUUUUUUCUUAAUACCUUCUGUUUAAAUCUUUCUUGUGUUAAGAUUUUGAAAGGAAACUAGAUCUCCAAGGUUUUGUUUUCACAUUAGACUAAAUAGGGGGUGAAAUUCUGUAUCCCAUUUGUUACGAACCAAUAUUUCUUAACUAAUAAAUCAUUUCAACAUGUGAA